UGGCGCCAGAAAUCAAGGGUUUUGGUUGGGGAGGGUUGUGUGUUACUACGCGCCAUAUAUUACCUAGGAAUGUUAUUCAUUCGUUUCAGUUUUGAUACAAUUAAGUAGUCCCAUAUUUAUGCUUUAGUAUUAAAAAAAAAAUCGGUCUAAAGUUAGGAUGGUGAUGCUACGCAGCAGCGGCGUGGGCGCGGAACCAGCAACUCGGAAGAGGAACCGGGUUGACUUGGAUACGAGCUCCGAGUUUCUGUCGCUGGAGAGCGCAUCGCAGACAAAGUCGAGUCGGCUGAAGAGGGGCCUGGAUGACAGCUCCAGUAACACUGAAAACACGCGAAAUGGCCACUCGAUGGUGAAGGAGGAGGAUAGUCCUCCGAGACGAGGAUCCCUGAGGACCAGGGGACAGACCGUCAAACACGAGGUGUCCUUGGCUAAAAUAAAUGGCCAAACCAAGUCCCCUGAGAAAGAGGAGGAAACUGGCGAACACAGCACAAGGAAAUCCCCAAGACUGCAGGGCGAUGGAAAAGCCUCCGCAUCAUCCAGGGAUAAGCAAUCUGAAGCUGAUGCUACUGAUGAAGUUGAGGAAGAAGAGGCCUCUACUCUGAAGACUCAGUUUGUUCUGCGUCCCAGGGAGGAGGACAGCUCUGUGAGACGCAGCUCCAGGAUCACCAGAUACAAGCGUAACUCCAGGAACCAGUCUGUCCUCUAUAACCGUCUCAUCACCAACACAGCUGAGGCCGUGCUGCAGAAGAUGGAUGAUAUGCAAAAAAUGCGUCGCCGGCUAAGAAGCAGGGAUACUACAGAGGAGGACCUUGUAAUCUACGCUGGGGCCAAGAGGAAAAGGACUUCUGAAAGAACCGAGGAAGGAAGUGAAGACCCUCAGGAGAAUAAAAAUGGAGUGACCUCCAGUGAAGAGGAGAAUGAUGAGGAAGAGGGAGGCAAAAAUAAUCAGGCAGAUGACGAAGACGACGACGAUGAUGACGACCGUAAUGAAGAUGAUGAUGAUGAGGAGGAUGAGGACGAUGAUGAUGACCAUGAUGAAGAUGACAACCAGAAACGUUAUGACUUCAGGCAGAGGAAAGCUGCCGUUCGAUACCAGGCACCACGGGAGGAGCCCAAGACAAAGGCCAUCUUCUUCAAGACUUCAAGACACUUGUCCCCAUCCAGGCGGAGGUAUGGGUUCAGCUCUACUGGUCCGAGAAGCCCUUACAACAUAAGGAGAGGCAACAGGAGUGUGUCUGAUAGAAGAAGACAUGCCAUCCACAGUAGUGACUCCACCUCCUCGUCCUCCUCCUCUUCCUCCUCCUCCUCUGACGAUGAUAAGUUCCAGAGGAGGAGGAGGAAGAGCAGGAACAGAUCGGUGAAUAGAUGUCUUCCCAUGAAUCUGCUGAAGGAGGAUGUCCUGGGAAUUCACAAGGACAGGAUGAAGAUUGGAGCCAGUCUAGCUGACGUUGACCCCAUGCAGAUAGACCAGACAGUGCGUUUUGACAGCAUUGGGGGACUGACCAGACACAUCUCUGCCUUGAAAGAGAUGGUGGUCUUCCCUCUGCUUUACCCAGAGGUGUUUGAGAGGUUCAAGAUCCAACCACCAAGGGGCUGUUUGUUCUACGGACCUCCUGGAACAGGGAAGACUCUAGUGGCCAGGGCGUUGGCUAACGAGUGCAGUCAGGGAGAGAGGAAGGUCUCUUUCUUCAUGAGAAAGGGAGCAGACUGCCUCAGCAAGUGGGUGGGAGAGUCCGAACGGCAGCUACGUCUUCUCUUCGACCAGGCAUAUCAGAUGCGGCCAUCGAUUAUAUUCUUUGAUGAGGUUGAUGGGUUGGCUCCCGUCCGCUCAAGCAGACAGGACCAGAUACACAGCUCCAUCGUGUCCACUCUCCUUGCCCUGAUGGAUGGGUUAGACAGCAGAGGAGAGGUCGUGGUGAUCGGAGCGACUAACCGUCUGGAUUCUAUAGACCCAGCUCUCAGGCGACCUGGGCGCUUCGACCGAGAGUUCCUCUUUGGCCUGCCUGACAGAGAGGCUCGGAAGGAUAUUCUGCAGAUCCACACCAGACAGUGGACUCCCCAGCCGUCAGCCUCGUUCCUGGAAGAACUGGCAGACAAGUGUGUUGGUUACUGCGGUGCUGACAUGAAGGCGGUGUGUGCUGAGGCGGCUCUGUGUGCCCUGAGGAGACGCUACCCUCAGAUCUACUCCUCGUCCCAGAAGCUGGUUUUAGAUGUGGCCUCUAUCUCCAUCGGCAGCAGGGACUUCCUGUCAGCCAUGAGGAAGACAGUCCCAGCCUCCCAGAGAGCUGUGUCGUCCCCGGCCAAGGCUCUGACUCCUGUGGUCCAGCCACUGCUUGGUGCAGCCUUACAGACUGUACUGGGUGCAGUUAGCAGGCUGUUCCCACAUGCAGAACAGGGGCUCAAGAGAGAUAAGCGAGACAACGGUGUCCUCCCAGCUGGUGUUUUCGAUGCUGAUCCCCUGCACAGUGAAGAUGAGGACUCCUCUGUCUGCAUCACCGGUCUCUCUCACAAGGCCAAGGCAGCUGGGGGCUUCCUGCAUUUCAGCAGGAGCGUGCUGAACCAGCCCACAUCGUACCGUCCCAGGCUACUGCUGGCGGGGCGUCCUGGGUCAGGUCAGAGCAGUCACCUGGCCCCUGCUGUGCUCCAUGCCCUGGAGAAGUUCACAGUUUACACCCUGGACAUGGCCGUGCUGUUCGGAGUCAGCACCACCUCUCCUGAGGAGGCCUGUGCUCAGAUGUUCUGUGAGGCCAAGAGGACGUCCCCCAGUAUCCUUUAUAUCCCUCACAUCCAGCGGUGGUGGGACACGGUGGGGUCUGCUCUCAGAGCUACCUUCCUCAGCUUGUUACAGGACAUCCCCUCAUUCUCACCCAUCCUGCUGCUGGCCACCUGUAAUGUCCCCCACAGCAGCCUCUUCCCUGAGGUCCAGGACCUGUUCUGUGCUGAGUAUGGAGAGGUGCUCCAGGUUCAGGUCCCAACCCCACAUGAGAGAAGGAACUUCUUUGACGAUCUCAUCCUAAACCAGGCUGCCAAAGCUCCUGCAUCCCAGAAGAAAGCAGUGCUUGCAGCCCUGGAGGUGCUUCCUGUUGCUCCCCCUCUUCCCCCAAGGAUGCUGACAGAAAAGGAGCAGCAGCGAUUGGAGGAGCAGGAAGAAGACACUCUCAGGGAGCUCCGCCUCUUCCUGCGUGAUGUCACCAACCGCCUCUCUCAGGACAAACGCUUCAAGGCCUUCACCAAGCCUGUUGACCUGGAGGAGGUACCUGACUAUGCUACAGUUAUAGAGCAGCCCAUGGACCUGUCCACUGUCCUCUCCAACAUCGACACUCACAAGUACGUGACUGUGAAGGAGUUUGUCCACGACGUGGAUCUCAUCUGGAAGAACUGUUUGGAAUACAACCCUGACAAAGAUCCUUCAGAUCGUCAGAUCCGCCACAGAGCCUGUGCUCUGAAGGACACUGUUCAGGCCAUCGUCAAAGACGAACUGGAUGAAGACUUUGAGAAGAUCUGCGAGGAUAUCAAGGAGUCCCGCAGCACAAGAGGUUGCUCCACUUCAAGGUUCGCUCCAUCCUACUAUCACGUUCAUCCCAAGACCAGAGCAGUGGAUGCCAAGAGCACUGAUGCAGCAGGCCCCUCUAAGGAGUCUACCGCUUCUGCUCCCUCAGCUGUGACCACGCCACGCCCUUCAGCAGCUCAGAAGAAGAAGCGCAGGAAGAGCCGCUGGUGCAACGGCAUCAUCAGGAAAAGGUCCUCUCCUCACACUUCUAAAGACCACUCUGCUGUGGUGGAGUCUGACGACGAGGAGAGGAGAGGGGCAGAGAGUGAGGAGGAGGAGGGGGGUGAUGCUGCAGCAGAGUCAGGCCUGGAGGAGCUGGAGAUCACUGGGGCUGAGGAGACCCCAAUGGAGCAGGAGGAACCAGCCCAACAGGAGAACCAGGACAGUCAGCCCAUGGAGAAAGACACUAAGGACAGCCAGACCACGGAGGAGGCUAGCCAGGCUACAACGGAGGCUACCCAGCCCAGGGUGGAGGAAGCUGUGGAGGCUAGGGCUGGAGACCAGAGCAGUGAGGGCACCCAGGACCCUGUAGUGGUGGUUGGAGCCCAGGAAAACCACUUCUUACCAGAAGGGGGAGACAACGGGCAGGCAUCCUCUACAGACAAAACUGAGCCUCAGAGAGUGGAAGUGGAUGAAGAGAAUACCACAGAAGUAGGAGUGAGGCGUGUGACGCGGGGCUUGAAUUACCAGGGGAUGCAGCAGGUGAUGGAUGUUGACCAGGAGAUACUGGACCAGAAGACAAAGCCCCCUGUGGUUGAUCACAACAAACUAAAGGAGCUGCUUCAGAGAGCGGUGUCUAAGACUGAGGGAUAUGAGGUCUAUCAACUGGAGAAGCUAUACGCCUUGUUAUGUCAGAGUAUCUACAGACAUCGCAAAGACCACGACAAGACUGCCCUGCUGAAGGAAAUGGAAAAUGAAAUUGAAGAUUUUUCAUAAUGAGUUUUAUAAAAUAAAGAUGUAGCUAGUCAUGGAUUGCACGUAUUUCCCGUUGUCUAAAUGUAUAAAGAACAAGUCUAGAACUAUAUUUUGAUAGAAAUAUACAGAUGUGUAUUUCCUAACAACUUGUAUACUGGUGCUUUUAUUUAAUUAAAGUGUUUUUUUACGA